GUGAAGGUGAUUUCCACAGACUGUUACCAGUGAACUUGGUAAGACGACACUCCCGAUCUUACGAGAACCCCAGACCUACGCCAGCACGUACGUCAAAGAGAACCUUGGCAGGAGCGCCCAAUCGUCGAUGUUAUACUGGUACUUUGCGUGUUUGAGAUACAGCCUCUCAUUCAACACUGCAGCCUUCCGUGCACACUGAACAGAGGAAAUUCUGAUUGGAGCGUAUUCACUGAAACACAGGGCUAUUGUCUUACGUGCCAACCCCUUGCUCGGAUCGAACCCGGACAUCUCCGGUACAGGCAAUAAGGUUGGGGAAGAGUCUUUUCAAUGGACGGCGGAGAGGGACGGACUGGGAGGGCAGGGAAAGGCAGCGGAAACAAACAGCCACGCUGUGUCAAAUGUAGAGACCCAGUGUUCCAAAUUACACGCAAACCAAAGGGAUUCAUGUUUUUUAUCGUAGUGGCCUCAUCUCUGGUCCUCCUGGCGAUGAACAUAAACGUAAACAUGGACAAACUGCUUUAUAAAAAGAUUGCUAUAUUGGAGAACUGCUCAGAUGUUAUAUAUGGCCUAGCAAGGAGGAGGAUGAUAAAUUUGAUUCCGCCAACAUGGGCAGAACUCGAGGCCAAUUUCUCAAAGACUGGUAUCCAACUUGGAGGCCGAUGGAAACCAAAAAACUGCACUUCUCGAAUCCACGUAGCCAUCAUUAUUCCCUUCCGUGACCGUGACUCACACCUCAGAGUCUUCCUGAACAACAUGCAUCCAUUUUUCCAAAAGCAAGAACUGGACUACCGAAUAUAUAUAGUUGAACAGAAAGCUGGUACUAUAUUCAAUCGUGGUUUGCUACUAAACAUCGGGUUUGUUGAGUCAGCUAAAAUAGACGGAGACGCGUACGACUGUUUUGCCCUUCAUGACGUCGACUUGAUAGCAGAGAACGAAUGGAACAUCUAUAACUGCUCAGAAAAAGUGAAGCACAUGGCUGCGAAUAUCAGCAAAUUCAAAUCCGGGCUAGCUUACGAGAAAUACAGCGGAGGAGUGGCUAUGUUCACUAAAUGGCAAUACACUUCUGUGAAUGGUUAUCCGAACACGUACUUUGGGUGGGGAGGCGAGGACGACGACCUGUAUGAGAGGAUCACCAAUAAUAACAAUGCUGGAUUUAGCCGAGUUCCCCUGGAUAUUGGGCGAUAUACAAUGAUUAAACAUGAACGGGAUAGUGGGAAUCCAGUGAAUCCGGGAAGGGUGAGGCAACUUCAGUCAAGUUAUAAAAGACGGAAGGUGGAUGGGCUCAGUGGGUUAAACGGGACUUACACGGUAUUGAAGAUUGACGAGUUUCUACUGUAUACAAGAAUAUACGUGGAUGUUGAUCCGAUUGCCGUUCUCUCGGCCAUACCGGUGAAUCUUUAUGGUGAAUGGGAACUAAAACAAAUGAGAAAAUGGGUCAACAAGACGAAAUCUUAGCCUAACUAAACCCACUAAACCGAAAAUGGUUAAAGCUACGCUGAAAGAAAAAGUCCUGCAUAGGACAACAACCGAGGACGUCCGAGUGCUGGCUGAGCCGACAUUUUAUUAAUAUAUUUGCAUUCAUAUAUUAAAAAGGGGGCAUCGGCACAUGUGUAAAACAUCUGCACAUGCGCCAUGGGUGGAUGCUUUUGGUAGGUGACAAGAUAACUGUUCAAAUAUAGUUCUGACGGCUUAAGAAGAGGCAGUAAUAAAGUCAUGAAAGUAUUGCAACAUGUUUGAUUUUCUAUUUCUAAAUUUAUUUUAAAAAGUGAAAUACACUACAAUUUGACCACGGAGUCCCCGCUAGUAUGAAUGCUGCAUCUUAAAUCAUCAAAUCGUACAUCAACAAGGUGGUUUGAGACCGACUUUAUUGAAAAUGUGCAUCUGUCAUAGAAAUUAUAUCAGUGACACAGUGUUUUAACCUAGGACUUUGUUGCGCAAUACAAUACCUUUUGCUUGCAUUUGUUUUAAAUAUUUUAGUUUGCAAUGUUUAAGGAUGCGUACAGGGGCAUGCCAGAAACAUGGAUAUCUUCUUAAACCACCAAGAUGCGCCAACGCGUUGCA